AUGACCCGCAGGCGCCCGGCGGUGGGGAUGUUUGUUUCUGCUGCGGAGGCUCCGAAACCACGAAUGGCCAAAGAUAAGCCAUAUGCGGAAGCUGUGUCAACAGCUUGGCGUGCAGACCCGGCAUUGCAGGGCAAGGGGUCUUUCGUCACGGAGCCCCUUGUGUACGAGGACGAGGUCGGAGUUCGCAGACUCCACGGGCGGAUUGUGAAGCCACCCAAACCAAACGGAGCCGGUGUGGUGAUCGUACAUACUGCAGUCGGUCCACGUGACUUGUAUUUGCACUGGCGAGCGGAAGUUCUUGCGGCCGGUGGAUACACGGUACUCAUUGCCGACAUGCUUGGCGACGAGUUUGGCCAAGCAUGGGAGCCGGAAUGGGGAGCUCUUGUGCGUCAGCCUUUGGCCGACGAUCGCGGCAUGAGCCGACAAAGGAUGCGAGCUUCUGUCCGUGCGAUGUCGGAAGUGGGAGGUGUCGAUCCACAACGGAUCGGAGCCAUUGGUUAUUGCUUCGGAGGGCGUGCAGUGCUUGACUUGGCGCGCUUGGGCCCUGGAUCGGGGGUGGCAGCGGUGGUUUCGUUCCACGGGAUUCUGGACGAUGGUGUAGUGCCUCCAGAAGACAUGUCGGCCAAAGAUGCGUGGUGA